CCUCUGUGUCGAAAGACAAUGUAAUAGUCUGUUGUUGUUAUCAGAAGUUGGCGGUGGUUGUGUAUCGAGAUAAAAAUCCACCUGUCUGGUAGCUUUAGGGACUUCCGUACAUCGGUUGCUAAGAAGCUUUUAAAUGGCGAGUACGGUACGGUCUGUGCGAUUGAACACAGACUAGAGUAUUGACCAGCUUCUAUGCCUGAUAUCGACGAAUUCUCUGGAUAAUGUAAUGACAGAUUUCAAUCAGCACCAAAAAGUGCAGCCAAGUCUUUUGUGUUUUAUAUUUCGACAUGGUGAAGGAUUUAUGGACGAUUUAUUUCAUGGAUGACGACGAGUGACUUGACUGAUUAUGUCUGAAGUUGGGGAGCAGGCUGGGGACGGGCUCGCCCGGCCGUACACCGUGGGGACGUUUCAGACCCGCCUGGAUAAGUUCGAGAGUUUUAUUAAGGAUAUCACCUAUCAAGACAUAGAAGCCACACCUGAGGAACGAAGACAAUGGAUUACAGAAAGCUUGCGGUUUGACCAGUUUUGUGAUUCAAUACGAGAUCUUUUUGGAUCCGACAUUAAGAAUUCUGACUUAAAGGCAAUAUAUAGAAAAAUAUCUACCAAUCCAGACGCCAAAGUUGACUGGAGCGAGUUGUUUGGUUAUUUCCAAUCACCAGCAGAAGAGCACGAGGAAGUAGCGGUGGGAGAGGAAGUGAGCGUGUUUACCGUAUCUAAGCGACGUCGUGUGGGGGAAGCAGCAGGAGAUAAAACUCGUCGUGAUACUGUGCAAUGUCUACGUUUUGUCCCUUCGUUAGAUGGGUAUGUGUCUGCCUCACAAAAAGGAGCAAUCGUGAUAUGGAACAGCUCUUUACGAAUGCAGACAUGCAUUGAUAUCAACGAGGCUGCGUGGGUGACAGGUUGUGAAUAUCUGCCAAACAUACGCAGAGCAGUGUGCUGUACAGAAAGAAGUAUUGUUGUAUGGGAUCAUCGAGCUAAGGGCAAAAAUCAGCAUGUGUUUUCAAUCAAACCUUUUGAGAAUUCCCCUCAAUGUAUUUGCCAUGUUCCCACAUCCUCUCACCUACAUGAGGAUAUGGUACUGUUUGGAGAUGAUCAGGGUUACAUCAAUGUUUUACGGAUACUCAGCAAAGACUUGACGAUUAAGAACUCGAAAGAUGCAGAAAAAAUACAGAAUACUCAACCAAUUCCUAACUACCCAAUUGAACUUGAUAAACUGUCAUACAAAAUUGAGAAGAGAAAAAUUCAUCAGGACUGGGUGCUAAAAGUGAAGUAUUUCCCAGAGCUGAGGUGUUUUGCCUCUUGUUCACCUCACAGCAAGCAGUCGUUUGUUCUGGAGGAAAUAGACCGUCUGUACGAUGACGGUGAGGUGCGGGGCGUGUCCAUAUACAAGGGAGUGAAUUGUUUUGAUUAUUGUGCCAAAGCCAACAUUAUUGCCACUGGAGGUGUGGAUAAAGUCAUAAGGGUGUGGCAUCCUCAUAUCUUCUCUAGGCCCACAGGAAAGCUGAUGGGUCACCUGUUUACCAUUGUUGACAUUUGUUGUAAUGAGAAAGACCAACAUUUAAUCAGUUUGUCAACAGCCCGUGUGUUCAGAGUGUGGGACAUUCAUACCUUGACCUGUUUACAGGUUUUCACUGACAAUGAGGAGAGGCCUGGUGAAAAGAGAAUUUAUUCCAUGAUAUUUGACACAAAGCAUGAUAGACUGUUAACAGGAUCCAGUGUGAUAGACUCUUGGCCUUUAACUCGAGCUGUUCAAGACACAAUGCAAGUCCCCCACACACAUGACCGACCCAUAAGUCAUGUUAUACUAAACAAAGAAUUAAACCAAGUCGUCACCAUGUGUACAGAAUCUCAUAUCAAGAUCUGGGAGCUGGAGUCAGGGAAAAGGGUUGGGACAAUCAACAAUGCCCAUGAUGACAAUGUGGAGGUGACCGCUCUCUGUCUGGACAGGUCUGGCUACAGGAUGGCCACGGGCGGAUUAGAUGGCUCCAUAAAAGUGUGGGACUUUGGGUCGGGGCAGGUAAUAAAAAAGAAAUCAGGUCGACAAACAGAUGAGGAUAUCAGCAUUGUGGGAAUGGCAUACACCUACUACCAAGGGGACCGAGUUUUACUGGCAGUGGGAUGGAACAAUAAAAUCAAGAUGCUCCUGGACACCAAUGAGAAUUAUGACCUGCCAGUGGUCAGUGAGUUUUUGGACGUGUAUUACUGGACAGCAGAGUCGGGAAUUACCCCCAGAGAUGACCCAUUUCCUGCCUCUGAGCCACUACCAGAUAUAGGUCAAACCACACAGGAAACAAUGGGGUCAAGGAAAUCUUCACAUGUAGGAUCUAUGUUUAAAAAGGACUAUAUUCUGAGUUCCCAUGACAUAUCUUGUUUCACAAUGUACACGGAGGACACUCUGAUAACAGGCUGUACUGAUGGUACUAUCGUGUUCUGGGAUGUUCAGAAGGGAGGGGUGGAGAAAGUGUUCAGAAUCCCAAAUGAUGAGGUCGAGGAGGAUAUUAAUUCGUCUACUAAGCCCCGGUCCAGAAUGGGUAAUGAGAGAAGAGUCAACAUGAUCAAAGUUCUGGUUCACAGAGAGCGAAAGCUUGACCCAGCAUAUGUCAAGAAGAUGGAAGAAGAGGAGAAGGAAGAGAAAGAAGAAGAGAAAGAAGAAGUUGUGAUAUCUCAGAAAACAAGUCGUCGAGUAUCUCGAGCCAACUCUCGAGCUUCUAGGCUUUCUACAGCGCCUGUGCAAGUUGACACUCAGAAACAGAAGGCUCUGUUAGAUGAAAUUACAGCAAAAGUAGAGGGAGUCGAACUAGAGAAAACCGAAGACUUGUCUGAUGAAAAAUUAGAAGAAAUGAUCAAGAAUGACGAUAGUGAGGAGAAGAGGGACGAAGAAAAAUCAGAGGAUGGCCUAACGAAGGGCGAGUCUGAUGAGGAGGAGAUUGAGGAUGAGGAGUCGAAGUACAUCACUGAGGUGUACGCCCCAGUCCUCGUGUCUGUACAUCAGGACUCCUACAUCCGCUUUUGGACAAUGGAGGGGCAGCUACUGAGGGAGGUGUCUGCUGUAACACGGAGGACAGGGACCCCCGUCACCAGCAUCGCACAUGAUGAAAACUGUAACUGUAUAAUGACAGGAGAUAUCAAGGGAUAUCUGACAUUAUGGAGCAUUAGCAAACUCUUGAAGAACCCUGAAUCCACGGAACAGAAUGCGGUAAAACAGCUAAUUUGUUGGCGAGCCCAUUUGGUAAAGAUUGUCUCCCUUAUGUACAUAGACAAACUUAAGGCUAUAUUUUCGGGGUCUACGGAUGGAUCUGUAAGGGUUUGGUGGGGUCACAAAGGUCGAUUUAUAGGGUUUUUCAGCCAGCAUAGACCUUUUGUGUUUCCAAAGAAUGAAGAGUCUGCAGGGCCUGCAACUUUGCCUUAUGACAUAACAGAGGCUCCCCUUGCCCCUGUCAAAGUAAAAAGUGCCAAACAGAAAAUCCGGACCAAGGACAACAUAAAGUUCCCACUUGUGGUGGAUUAUGAAAGGUGGCAACCAUUCAGACGCUCCGCUUACAACCGUGAUAAACAGACCACAAGUCGUAAAAAACGUAUCCCCCAACCGGAAGAUAGGAAAUUUUUUGGAGCUCUUAUCAAGCCAAAGGAUUAUUUAAAGAAGGUUUUAUCCUACACUAAAAAAUCGGCCUACAAUCAUCACCUGGAAAGUUUUAAUACUGCAGACAAAAACCAGGGAGCUGUGUUUAGAGCCUUGCCAGUCUAUCGAAUAAAAACUCCAAAGAAAGUGACAAUCCCAGAACCGAGCUACAAAAUUCCCAUGGAAGAUGAAUCGCAGAGUUACCUGUUUGGAAACACCAGCAAGGCCCCGGCUGCCAAAAUGCAAAGACGACAAACAACGGUUAAUAUUAGGCCGCCAGGUGGCAGUGUGCUGGGUUCCUCAACUAGUCGUUCUGUGAUGUCCUCUAACCUCAUGACUCCAUCACCAAGGAGACAUAGUCGAAUAUCUUAAACUUUAUGACUGGACCAAUAUAUUGGCCUUAAUUUACAAGACAAGCAAUUCUGUGAUCACUUUGUUUGCAGUGCUGGUGUUGAGAUGAAUGACUCUUGUGUUAACUUUAUAUAUACUAAACUAAUUUAUUAUUCAAUGACAUUUAUACACAGAAAUGAUGCAAUUCUAUUGCCUCAUUUCUAUUGUUUUAUAUGACUACAUAUUUUGUUAAACUAGAAUUUUAUGAAUUAAAAUCAAGAGAGAAAAAGUCGCA